GCAAAUGUAUAGAGACUAGAACUAUGAGAAGAAUUGUCCUCUCUCUCUCUCUCUCUCUCUCUCUCUCUCCACCUCUCUAUAUAAUCAUAGCUUAUCCCUCGUUCAAGUUCAUAUCUUUCCCAUUCCUAACCAUCCACAAUCAACACUCUGAGCUAGAAAAACAAGAAGAUGAAGAGCCAUGUCCAACUCUCCAGCCACACCACCCCGACCCUAAUCCCGUUUCACAAACCAUUCGUCUACUCCUCCGGCGCAACUUUUCCACUCCCCCGUCUAAAACAAGCAUGGCGCCAAAUCCGAAUCAAUAAACUCAUUAAAAGCAAAUCUUUUUCGGGCUCCAUCAAAGCCAUAGCGACUUCCGAUGAGAAGUCUACUAGGGUUAAGGCAGUUGUUACGGUCAAAGUGAUCGCUGGCGGGUUACUAUCGGGCCUCGGGUUAACCGGUGGGCUCGACAAAAUCACUGACUUGUUCGGCAAAUCCAUCUUGUUGGAGCUUGUUAGUGCUGAGCUUGAUCCCAAGACAGGAUUAGAGAAGGAAAACAUAAAGGGGUAUGCGAGCAAGGUGAGCCAAGAUGAUGAUGAAGUGAAGUACAACUGUGAAUUUGAGGUAGGAGAAGAUUUUGGGGAGAUUGGAGCGGUGUUGGUUGAGAAUGAGCACCACACUGAGAUGCAUCUCAAGACCAUUGCAUUGGAGGGAUUGCUCAAUGGGAAUCUCAUUAUCAAUUGCAACUCUUGGGUUUCUCCCAAGUCUGAAGCCAAUGUGGAGAAGAGAGUUUUUUUCACCGAUAAGUCAUAUUUGCCAUCUCAGACGCCAAAUGGGUUGAGAAGGUUGAGGGAGAAAGAGUUGGCAAUACUCCGAGGGAAUGGGCAAGGAGAGAGAAAGAGUUCGGACAGGAUUUUCGAUUAUGAUGUGUACAAUGACCUUGGUGACCCUGACAGUAACAGUGCACUUAAAAGACCAGUGCUUGGUGGAAAACAGCAUCCCUACCCUAGACGUUGCAGAACAGGUCGUCCACGGUGCAAAACAGAUUCAACGUCGGAGACGAGGAGCAGCGAUGUUUAUGUGCCAAGGGACGAGGCAUUCUCAACAGUGAAGAGUGUAACAUUUUCGGUGAAGACGGUUUCCUCCGUGCUUCACGCGCUUGUACCUUCCCUAGAAACAGCGAUUAUCGACACAGACCUGGGAUUCCCCUACUUCACAGCCAUAGACUCGUUGUUCAACGAAGGGGUUAACCUUCCUCCACUCUCCAACAACAAUGGGUUCCUGAGGAAUCUCCUGCCUCGGGUGAUCAAGUUCCUCAAUGAUACAAGGGAAGAUCUGUUGCGGUUUGAGACUCCUGCCAUUAUAGAAAGAGACAAAUUUUCUUGGUUCAGGGAUGAGGAAUUCUCUAGACAGACUCUUGCUGGUCUAAACCCAUGUAACAUACAAUUGGUCACGGAAUGGCCAUUGAAGAGUAAGCUUGACCCUAAGGUCUACGGCAACCCCGACUCAUUAAUUACCGAAGAGAUUAUUGAGUGCGAGAUCAAAGGGUUCAUGACCGUUCAAGAGGCCUUGAAACAGAAGAAAUUGUUCAUGCUAGAUUACCAUGACCUACUCUUGCCGUAUGUGAAAAAAGUGAGGGAGGUCAAAGGGACAACACUUUAUGGAUCAAGGACGUUGUUCUUCUUAACACACGAGGGAACCUUGAGGCCGUUAGCGAUCGAGCUAACUCGACCGCCCAUGGACGGAAAACCGCAGUGGAGGGAAGUGUUCACACCAACAUGGAAUGCCACAGGGUGCUGGCUAUGGAGGCUAGCCAAGACUCAUGUCCUUGCUCAUGACUCUGGUGUUCAUCAGUUAGUAAGUCACUGGCUAAGAACUCAUUGUGCUACAGAACCGUACAUAAUUGCCGCUAAUCGGCAACUUAGCGUGAUCCACCCAAUUUUUAGACUACUGCACCCACACUUCCGGUACACAAUGGAGAUCAAUGCUCUUGCCCGAGAAGCCCUUAUUAAUGCUAAUGGCAUUAUUGAGGCUUCAUUUUCACCAGCCAAGUAUUCCAUAGAGCUUAGCUCGGCUGCUUACGACCUUCAAUGGCGAUUCGACCACCAGGCACUUCCAGCAGACUUAAUUAGCAGGGGAAUGGCUGUGGAGGAUCCAACGGCCCCACACGGCUUGAAAUUGACAAUUGAGGACUACCCGUUUGCAAACGACGGUUUGAUCCUUUGGGAUGCCAUUAAGCAAUGGGUUACAGAUUAUGUGAAACACUACUAUCCAGAUUCAGCUCUCGUUGACUCUGACAAAGAGCUUCAAGCAUGGUGGACGGAAAUCCGAACCGUCGGUCAUGCCGACAAAAAGGACGAACCUUGGUGGCCGAAGCUCAAAACGGUGGACGAUCUUGUUGGAAUUCUCACGACCAUGAUAUGGGUUACUUCCGGCCACCAUUCCGCAGUCAACUUUGGCCAAUAUGACUUUGCAGGUUAUUUCCCAAACAGGCCAACAAUUGCUAGAACUAAUAUGCCAACCGAAGAGCCAAACGACGAGGAAUUGAAGUUUUUCCUAGCAAAGCCAGAAGUUGUACUCUUGAAAUGUUUUCCAUCUCAAAUUCAAGCUACAAAAGUCAUGGCGGUUUUGGACGUACUGUCGACCCAUUCACCAGAAGAAGAGUACAUCGGUGCAGUGAUCGAGGGAGUGUGGGCGGACAAUCCAGUCAUUAAGGCCGCGUUCGAACGGUUUAGCGGGAAACUAAAAGAGCUUGAAGGAGUGAUUGACGCUAGGAAUGCAAAUAGGAAUUUGAACAACAGAAGCGGAGCAGGGGUGGUACCAUAUGAGCUUUUGAAGCCAUUUUCUGUGCCCGGGGUAACUUCAAUGGGAGUUCCAAAUAGCAUCUCAAUUUGAAGCCAGAACGAGUGUUUUUUAUAAGUUUUUUUUUUUUUUUUUUGGUUUUGUAAAAUUUCCCCUGUUUCCAAGCCCUUCCUGUUUGUUUCUCUUCCUUGUGUACAAGUACUUAUUUAUCAACUAAUACUGUAAAAGAUUUGAUGGGAUUUGAAUAAGGACAAAAUAAGAAAAAGUCCAAAAAUCUUAGUGGAA